CAGGGACGGUAUAAAAGACGGUCGCCGCCGGUAGCAAAUCAUUCCAGUUGACGACGACGGACACGGACGACGAACAUGUUGGGACUGAGAACUCUGGGCCUGUUGGCCCUUUCUUUAGCCGCCAUACAGGCGACGGAACUGAAAUUUAACAACGAAUUCCUGACUCCGUUUGAGAUCCACAAGCUGCGAGCCAUGAAGGUGUCGCAGGUUAAGCCUCUGGAGGACAUGAGCUCGGAUGCAAGGUCGUCCAACAACGUUAUUGGAAAUGUUUACGGUGGAGCCGAGGGAAACACAAGCAUGCCCUUCAUGGCUUACAUUGAAACGUACACCUCCCAAGACGUUCCUGUUCACCAGUGCAGUGGAGCCAUUGUUAACGAGUCUUGGAUCCUCACUGCGGCACAGUGCUUUGAAAGGGCAAGCUAUGCUAUGGUCACGAUUGGUGACAUUGACCGCACCUCGGCAAGCGCCCAGAACUUUAACGCCACCAAGGACCAGUGGGUCAUCCACGAGAAGUUCGUUUACAACGGCCUCGAAAACGACAUUGCUUUGAUUUAUCUCAACACGUCGAUAACUUUGGCAGGCACCAAAAAAUCAAUUAAUUUCUGCUGUCCCAGUUUCUUCAAACCGAAGAUGGUCAUGUACAACAGCACCAUCAAGGUUCUCGCGCUCGGCUUCGGUCGCGUCGAAGACGAUCCCGUCGAUCCGGAUUGUCCAGUGCCUGCUGGCCCGUCUUACAUUUUCAACAUGGCCGAGAUCCCGAUGGGUAACUCCACCGCCUUCUGCAGGGCUCAGCUGAAAGCGCAUUACUUGAAACUGGCGUCCACACAAGUCUGCAGCAACGGCAUGUUGAAUCGCACCACCGGCGCUUUCGGUCCUGGUGACAGCGGCGGCCCAAUUGUUGUUGUGACACCCUCCGCUGCGACACCCACUCCCGGCGAUGUUACCAAAACUGUCACAAACAUGUGCGUUGCAGGAGUCAUCAGCUUGCACAAUUACGAAACAUACAAGAAUACAUUCCCCUUCACAAUGACCGACAUUCAGGGCCAAAUCCCGUGGAUUUUGAAGAAGACGAAGGGAAAGGCACCCAAGUGUUAAUCAUUCUUGCUGUCAGGGCGAGCGAUUAAACCUUUAAUAAAAUUUGCUGGUUUCAAACGUA